CUCUUCUUUUACAGGUACUUUUGAAGCAACAGAAGACGAGCGAGAACCGAACGGGUGUGUCCAGUAUGAAGCCUGUCUCUUUGGUCCUGCUCAUAACUUCAGUGUUACUGACCACUCACAUCCCGCUGAGUAUCUGUCGACCCCGUGAUCUGAGCAUCCUAGACGGACACGGGUACAGCACCAAUCAACUCGACGAUGUGCUCUUAAACCGGGCUGGAGACCACGCCAUGUCCAGCGACCUCGUGGGUGAGAAGAUCCUACAGUAUUUGCAAAGAAAUCUCGGACCGCAGAAAGCCGGUGUUUUGCAUUUCACGCACUUUCCCGCAAUAAAGGUGCGCUCUCCGGACGAGGACAACAGCUUGGAGGAGCUCCUAGAGUUUUCCAAAAGGAACGACGAUCCUCCGAUCUCCAUAGAUCUCACUUUCCACCUUCUGAGAAACAUGAUCGAAAUGGCACGGAUCGAGAAUCAAAGAGAACAGGCGGGACUGAACCGCAAAUAUCUAGAUGAGGUUGGGAAGUAGUUGAAGUACAAUGAAGACCAAUGGUUUCAAACGACGAGGAAAGAACAAGCUCAAUGCACUUUCAAAAUCCCAAUUCUUGCUUUCUUUUUUAAACUCUCGCUAAAGCAUACGACACUUACCGAUGCCAGGUAAAAGCCUUCUUCUGCUCGACUUACACUCUUAAAAAUAAAGGUUCCUCAAUUGUUCUUUGCAGCACCUAGUGUUCAGCAAAGAGUCCACAAGAACCAUUGUAUGGGACAUGGGGUUCCUGAGUUUGAGAUCUAAACAUUAACCUCCUGAGACCAGAGCAUGACUGAUGUGUGCAUUUCCCAUUCCCCUUUUUGAUUUUUAAUUAGUAGCAUCUCAUAAACAUGCAAAAAAUAAAAAAAUAAAAUCUAGAGCAAACAGUUAUCCUAAAAAUUGAUGGCAACAUGUAUGGACAGCGGGACUCAGUUGCGAAAUUUUAAAUAAUACCAAGCUAUAGAAAGUCUGAUUUUUCAUUAAAAAUUUGUUUAUGUUUC